GAGCCCGCAGCAAACACAGCCAUAGAAGGCAGCGGAGGAGCCGAGCCGGGCUGCGCUCGCUCGCCGCCCCCCAGCCUCUUUCUUCUCCGCCGGGUGCACUGCCCCGCGCCCUCCCCUCGCCGCUUUCCCCCUAGACAAAGAGGACAGAAAGUUUGCGCGGGGGAGCGGACCAGGUGAGGAGGGGCGUGCCCGGCCCCCCAGCCCGCGCCACAGCAGCCGGACACAGGCCCCCAACGCGCCAUGGGCGCCGCGGCCCGCAGCCUUCGGCUGGCGCUCGGCCUCCUGCUGCUGGCCACGCUGCUGCGCCGGGCCGACGCCUGCAGCUGCUCCCCGGUGCACCCGCAACAGGCGUUUUGCAAUGCAGACGUAGUGAUCAGGGCCAAAGCCGUGAGUGAGAAGGAGGUGGAUUCCGGGAACGACAUCUACGGCAACCCCAUCAAGAGGAUUCAGUAUGAGAUCAAGCAGAUAAAGAUGUUCAAAGGACCUGACAAAGACAUUGAGUUUAUCUACACGGCCCCCUCCUCAGCAGUAUGCGGGGUCUCGCUGGACGUUGGAGGGAAGAAGGAAUAUCUAAUUGCAGGAAAGGCAGAAGGAGAUGGCAAGAUGCACAUUACCCUCUGUGACUUCAUUGUGCCCUGGGACACGCUGAGCACCACCCAGAAGAAGAGCCUGAACCACAGGUACCAGAUGGGCUGCGAGUGCAAGAUCACACGCUGCCCCAUGAUCCCGUGCUACAUCUCCUCGCCGGAUGAGUGCCUCUGGAUGGACUGGGUCACGGAGAAGAGCAUCAACGGGCACCAGGCCAAGUUCUUUGCCUGCAUCAAGAGAAGCGAUGGCUCUUGCGCGUGGUACCGCGGGGCGGCACCCCCCAAGCAGGAGUUCCUUGACAUCGAGGACCCAUAAGCAGGCUGACAAGAGCCCCUGCGGCCAACCGAAAAGCCUCUGAGGGUUUAGACUGGUCCAGCUCUGACAUCCCUUCCUGGAAACAGCAUGAAUAAAACAUCAAUCAUCCAAGUGGGUUCACGCUAGUGUGAUUCUGCACCCCCCCCCAAUUUUCCCUAAACGUGGUUGUGGGUCUGGAGGGGCAGGAGGGCCAGAGUCCCUGCCAUACCCGCCUCCAUCUGCCAGGCUGAGAACUGUGUGUCUCAGUCUUUGAUCCUUGGGUACAGGCAGGAGUGGAAAAGAGACAUUUUACCAGGCCUCCUUGGCACGGUCAUAUACAUCUGACAGGCGACAUUUAAGGUCCCCCUGGCCCUGUUGGGGCGGAGCCUAGAAAUGUGUAUUGUGCAGAAACUCUUGAAGGUUGUUGUAAGACUGUGUAGCCGGCCUACCAGGUCCUUUUCAUCCUGAGAGGGAUAUGUCCCUCGUUUUCUGCAGCGGCCACUCCUCUGGCCCAAGGUCUCUCGCCCUUGCAAGUGCCCCCCCCCCACUGCACCUGGUGUAGACUCCGAGCACCAGGAUCCCGCUCAAGUCCAAGAGUAGCCCUCCAACCAGUGGUUCAUUUGUCUAGGAGUCCCAGUCAACCCCAUGAAUCCACAGACUUCAGUGGCACGCCCUCGGGCUCGUGGGAGCGGGAGCCCUCCCUGAGCCGUGUUUCUGGCUUCAGCCAAGUCAUUUCUGUCCUACUCCUCCCCAUCUCCACCCAUCCCCCCGUGGGGAUCUGUGAGAUCUCCCACUGGGGGCGAUCAUCUGUGGUGAGGGAUGCUUGGCUGUCCUCUAGUCACUGCUGAGCCUCCUGAGCUGUUCUUAACCCCUUCCCGAGUGGCUUCAGGCAUCUGGGUUGAGCAGCAGGGCUCUGCUUUCUGUAGCAUCAUGCCCUGCCGCUGUUGGGAUGCUGGUAGCAUUCCCUUUUUUUGCACAAACCGAAGAUGUAAGAGGCCAGUCCUGUAAGACCCCAAGAGAAAAAUUCUAGUGAAAGCUCCCUGCCAGACUGGCUGCUGUUAUUGUGUGUUACUAAGCAAGCACACGAAUCCACAUGGUGGCGAGGGAGCCUGAGAGGCGGGCAGCCAUCUUACCAAGCUCCCGGGAUGCUGCGAAUUGUUCUUAAAGCCAUCUCAUUCUCCUAAAGGUGAUUUCUCAGAUACCGUAUGAGGCUGAGAGGCAAGUGUACUCAGUUCUGCUUCUGUCUCUUCAUGUCGCAGAGGCUGCCCACUUCAGGCCCUUAUAGGGAACUGGGGCACCUACUUGCUCCCUAAAGAAAAUUUGAUUUUUCUGAUGCCAAUAGGAUAGGGGUUAAGAGAGGCAGAAUUUUGUCACUGACAAUAUAGAUAGUUGCUCUUCCUCCUACCCAAGUCUUAAAAAUAAGCUGUCCCAAGGACACACAUGUAUAUUAUCCAAACAUGCACACAUAUGCUCACACAGAAACAGACUCUGAAGUCUGGUAGCCUGUGAGCAGUCCUUUUGUAAAAUGUUUCCAAGGACCUCUAUUCCCCAGCCCUGUCCUAACCAUCAGAAACCCCAAAGCAACUGUUAAGAUCCACCCUGCAGACACUCCCUAGCCAUGCCCCCACACCAGGACCUGGCCAGCUCAGAACUCCCUUUUAAGACAGACAGGGAGAAUGCCCGGGAAUCAGCCUGCCCCGCCCGAGGGCAUUUUCAUGUUGUGCAGUGAUGUUCUUCUUAGGAUGCUGUCAUGGACCAGCCCACGAGACCCUGCAGUCUAUCCUGCCCUGCUUGUUUGCUUCCUGUGCAGUGGUAUCAUGUGUAACAAUGCCGUUUCUGCUGACUUCUUGACAUGUUCUGGUUUGUUUCUGAUGUUCGCUGUGAGCAUUCUUGUGCUGUGUUUAUGCCCUUGGUAGCAUUAGACUUUGCACUUUUUAAAAACAAACAAAAAAAAAAAAGCAAAAGUGUUUCGGCAUCGAGGAAGCAUUUGACCCAGAGUGGAAAGCAUGGCAUGGUAGCCGGCCUGGGACCAGGAAACCCUUCUGAUCUUUGAGUUCUUUGAAUAUCUGUUUUUCCGGUCUCCCUAUCUUUUGUGCCUGGUUCAAAUAAUUAUGAAGGAAGGAAUCUCUGAGUAGAUUGGUUCUAUAAGAUGCCUUUAUAUUUCCUACUCACGAUGGCUUUUCUAGCCACACCAGGCAAGUGAGAGACAAGCGAACAAGUGAACUAUUGGGACAGCGUGUCAGACGGCCGCUGAGUAACAGCCACUCAGCUGCCGCCAUAUGUAGUUUAAGGAGUUAACUUCUGUUGUGUUCUAAGCACUGGGCUUUCCUCCCUCUGUCUCCAUCAUGCCAGCAACUCCAAGUAUUUCAGAUGACGUUUACAUGGCAGUUACUUCCAAAUCUCUGCUUGAUACAUAUUAUAUCUGUGAGCUUGCCACAUAAUUUAAAGCUUUGUUGAUUUUGUUUCUGUUUGAACUCUUGGUUGUUGGGGGGGAAGCACCGUGUUCAUGCUGGAGUAUGAAGUCUGAGAGGAGCCCCCCCACGCCUCAUGCUGGCAACACCCGAGAGUUGUUGAAAGUCAGCAAGCCAAUUGCGCGUGUCUCUGAUGCUUUGUAUCAGUUUUUAUUUUUAUUUUUUUGAAUGACUGCUCUGUCAAUGGACAAUAAACCAUAUUAUCAAAGAGAA